AGUCCCGUCCGACCGCGCCCGCCUGAGCCGACGGAUGUGCACCUGGCGCCCACUCCCGACUGUGCGCCUCGAAACCUCCCACCGCCCGCUCCGCUCCACCAUACCAUGGACGAUCCCUUCCACCAGACCUCUACCUACUUGCAUGGAAUCCCGACGCCUUCUGGCACCCAUUCCCAGCCCUUGACACCGCACCAGACGUCGAUGCCGCCUCAAAGGUUUCGCGCGCCCUCCGCGUCCACUCAGCAGCUCCCCCCACUGCCUCCACUCGGGAACGUGACCCAGUUCUCCACAAACGCCUACGGGAGCGCGCCCCAGACUCCGCUGACUCCGCAUACGCCCGCCUCCAGCGCCCCCUCGGUCAGCAACGGCCGCGCGCUGCCUACCAUUGCGCCGCAUCCCCCGCUCCACUCGAACCCGUCGUCGAGCUCUUACUUCCUCUCCCACCCGACCCUGUCUAACGGCCAGUCGCUGGGCGGCAUCACCUCGAGCGCCCACCCCAACAACGUGCAUGCCAUCGCCCCUGCGAGCAUGACGGCCUCGCUGCAGGACAUCCGUCCAAUGCCCUCGGGCGGCAUCGGCCUGCCCUACAGCUCCUCGCACUUGAUGACCCAGCCUCCCAUACUCCCCAACCAGGAGCCUGAGCCGAUACAUGUCGUUGGACAGCAAGGUCGCCGUGGUGUCUUGCCCACCGCCAACGGUCGCCCAGCCCCCGGCAGCGCCAAGGCAACACAGAACUUGACCAAGAACGCCGACAACAAGUACGAGUGUCCCCAUUGCAACAAGACUUAUCUUCAUCUGAAGCACUUGAAGCGCCACCUCCUGAGACACACCGGCGAGCGUCCUUAUCAAUGCCAUCUUUGCAAGGACACCUUCUCUCGUUCCGACAUUCUCAAGAGACAUUUCCAAAAGUGCUCGAUCCGUCGCGGUAACCCCACCGGCCAGAACCAUCUGGCCAACUCUCAGGCACACUUGAGGAAGAACAGAGCUUCGCAGGGUGGAUCAGGUGAUCACAGCUACCUCAACGCUGUGAACGCCCCUACUGGUUUUUCGAAUGGUGCUUACCCAAACAACAUGGUCGGCAAUCAGGGAUUCUCGUCCGAAUCGCCGGGCCAGUACGCUGAAAGCCUGCCGUCCAUGUCCGCCCGCACGUCCCGCGCCAACAGCCUGAUGCAGCCCUCGACCCAAAUGAACGGACUCAACGACCAGCGCAGGAGCAUCUCCGACCUGAACGUCCUUCAGCAGAACCGCAUGAGUUUCGACGCGAGCCAUCUGAACCACGCAAACACGGUUCCCGGCAGCCUUGGAGGACAGAUGCCUGGUUAUACCAUGGGCCACAAUGAUCAACUCAACCAUCAGUUUGGGUACAACCACGCCGUCUCGGGCGCUAACAUGCACAACAACAUGGCAAUGAAGGCUGAUGAUCACAACACAGCCAUGUUCAACCGCGCCAGUAUCUCUGGCAUGAACAACGUCCAUAACGGCCAGGGAAACGAAAUGGGUUGGGAUAAUCCUUACCAUCACAAUGGGGGACAGGACGCAUUCGGCAUCCCAACCAGCAUCUCUCAGGAUCCUGUUGCUAUAAAAGCCGAGACAGAUCUGACCACGAACAACUUUCACCACUCGUCCGGUGAGGCCACACCGGAUGGCAUGUUCAACAACAUUUAUUCCAGUGCGUCGGCAUUCCCCAACACAGACACCGUGUUUGACACUUGGAACUUGAGCUCUUCUGAUCCCUUGCAGAAUAAGGCUGAAGCUUUGAUCGCUUUCUGCUUCCCCGGCGGGACCUCUCUUGUCCAGCCUAACGAGGCACAAGCGCUCGAUGUUCUGAGGAAGGCCUCCUCGCUGGAAAACAUGAAGUCCUUCCUCGAAGGUUUCAAGAAUUUCCAGGAGCACUGGCCAUUGAUUCAUAUGCCAACCUUCAACCCGGUUGAAGCCAGCAAUGGUCUCCUCUUAACUAUCAUCUGCAUUGGGGCUGUGUAUUCAAAGGAGCAAAAUAUUUUACAGGUGCGGGCGCUCAUGGAGUUGACGAAGGGCGCUGUUCAACGAUCUUCACGUAUUUAUGGCAUGCUUGGCGAUUCGGACCAAGACAAGGCCAACAUCAUCACGAAUUCGACGGCCGAUAUCGAGGAACUUCAAACACUGAUUCUACUUUCGAUGGCUUUCAUGUGGCACGGCAACGCGGCGCAGCGGCAGCAGAUCCGGGAAGAAUUCCCGAAGCUGGCGCAAGUUACGCGCAAUCUCAAUCUACUCACCCCGACCCCGGAAGGCCAACAGGGUUUCAGCAUUCUGCACAAUGUGGGCGCCGACGCUCACCCGCACCAGCUGCGGCAGUGGUCUUGGGGUUCUUGGGUGGCGCAAGAGAAGAAGUCGAGAAUCAUGUUCCUCAUCUUCCUGCUCGACGCAGCACUUGUCAUGUUCUGCAAUUGCCGUGCUCAGUUCGACGUUUUCGAGAUUCGCCUUCCGCUGCCGUCUGACGACGCGGUUUGGGAGGCGCGUACCGCGAACGACUGCGCUGAUGCCCUCGGUUUGCAUGGCCGUGUGGUGCAGGAGAGGAAGAACAUUGCGGGCAGCCGUCUGCUGAAGCAGCAGGAGAUCCGCGAGGUUCUGCGCACGUUGGUUCAGAACAACAGCGAGCCCUUGCCUCGGUCGACAAACAUCUACUCCAAGUUCAUCAUCAUUCACGCUAUCCACGUCCAGAUGUGGAGCGCACUUCGCCAGGCAGCGCAGCACACGAACCUGCUUCCCAACGGUAUGCCGUCGAGUGGUUCCAGCACUCCCAUGUCAAACGAGUUCGACGCCUCUUCUGGAACCAGCAGUGCCAGCACGAGUGGCCCUGCGACACCGACAGAUACCGUCGCGGCGCAGAACGCCAACCAAGCGCUUCGCAUUGUCAGUUUGGCGCUGGAGCAAUGGAAGCGGAGCUGGGAUCAAGACAUGGGGUUUCAAUACGGGCCGCAGGCACCAUCUCCUCGCGGCUACUGCAGAGAUGGCAUCCAUUACUUUUGGCUUGCAAACACCAUCAUGCGCAGACGCAGCAAGGACUGGCUGAACAUGGGCGCGGACCAAAGGUUCUCUCAGACCCUCCAUGUCCUCAAGCAAAUCAAGAACUGGGUCGCCUCUGAACAGAGCAGGUUUGGCAUGCCAUCCGGCUCUGUCGGCGACAUGGACAACAACUACGCUGUUGACGACCUGCUGCUGGACAUGAAGCUUCUUUUCGCGCCCAUUGACAAGCAGUCUGGAACCCAGACCCCACAGUCCCACAGCAUUGCUGCUACUCCCACUAGCGUCCAUGCCACCGGAGUUCAUCCUCAUGGUGUUCUGGCUAGCGGGAUUCCCACACAUGGUGGUGUCUCUGCUGUCAGUACCUAUUAAUGCACCCAAGGUUCUCCGCUCGACGCUUUUAAUUCUGCAGUCUGCUGCGCCUCCACAAGUAUCUAGCCGAAUCGAACCAUCCGGAAACCUUCAAUUGUUAACGUCGGUUACGCUCAUUGCAUGUCAUUUUUCACGCGCACUAUACUAGACGAGGUCGGCGUUGUCAGGCAGCUUCGUUCUAGAGUUGAACCGUAGCCUGCCGUCUUUUCGUUUAUUUCAUUGAUUGUCUUUUUUUU